AUGGCCUGCCGCUUUUGUGCUCGUCGUCGGAAGGCUUCAGAUAUUGAGGUGUUACGCCAAGAUAUCCAGCAGGGCAAGUCUGAAGGCGAAGUCGCAUUGGCGACGGCAGGUUCCCAUACUCGAAGUUCAGGCCUCCGAGAUUUGAGUGAAGAAGUACUCUCAUCCGUGUUUCGUUGUCUCCGAGCUACAGAGGUGCUGACCUCUUUGGAGCCGUGCUCCAAAUUUCUGCAGUCCAUCCUCGGAGAGCCGGAUUCCCUGUGGACGGCCUUUCUGGCACAGGAAUUCCCCGGUGAAGGUCGGAGCCUCCAGAGCUGCGCCGACAAGGCUCCGAAGUGGCUGUACCGACAGCUGAUUCAACGCAGGCUCUGCGACACUGUGGAGUGGCGCCAAGUGCCGCUUCCACGGUCCAACCUCGGGGCCAGAGAAGGAUCGCCUGGAGUGUUUUACAAACACGGCUACGUCUUCAUGUUUGGAGGAUGGGGCUUUGGUCCCAUGAGAGAUCUUCAUGUUGCAGCCUUGCAGACACCUAUGCACUUUCAAGAGGUGAUGGUCCAGGGUAGUGGCCCUGCACCAACCUAUGAAGCUAAGACAACCGUUUUGGAGGAUGCGAAAGACUUGGAUGGAGACAAUUCUGGCGUGUUUCGGGUGAUAGUGACGGGAGGAUGGCGCCAUGGAGGUUACUAUGAGGAAAGUGGCAUGUAUGGCAUCAUGGAGAUUGACUGCCGUGACGGUGCCGUCAAGGCUCGAUGGGUCAGAACGGGAUCUCAGAUGCCCAGAGCCAAUCACAGCGCAACUUACGUCCCUCCCAGCAUUGCCGGCCACCUCUACCCGGAUGGCUACCUGCUGGUUUUCGGUGGCUGUGUGAAUGGUACGAACUCAAAUGCUAUGAGUCUCCUCGACUUCUCAAACUAUCACUGGACUGAGAUUGACAUGGGAGCUUCCUCGCCAGAGCCGCAGAAUUCACAUAGUGCCACCCUGGUAUCAUGCACUGUUGGCAGUAACGGGAGCAAGAAGUUGGAGUAUGCCAUUCUUAUCUUGGGAGGAGGUGGUGGUGAUGCCAGUAACGGUGGGCCUCCUCGUGGUGGUCGCGACUUUGUUGCUUCGGAAUAUUGGUUGUGUGGCUUGGAGGGUGCCCAGUUUCGGUGGGAAGCCCAUCAGAGCUCAGUGGGGCCGGGAGGUCGUGGCCACGUGGCUGUGAGGUUAUCAGGGACUGACACGGUGGUGAUGAUGGGUGGUGGCCGACCGCCUUUGCAGCGCACUUGUGCUGUGACCACUGGAAUUUCUGGAAUCACUGGAAAUCGUGCAAGGGUGUUGGAAUGUAAGACUAAAGGGCCUGCAGCCCGCGCCUUUGGUGGUGGUUGUGCUCUACCUGGUGGUUUAGCUAUGGUCUAUGGCGGCUGGCAUCCUUGCAAAGGCACCUUUUCUGAUGUGUGGGUUGCCUGCUUCGAUGACAUUGGCCGCAACUCCGCUUUCUUCCAGCAGCUGCCAGCUCCGGAUGUUGAAGCUGAGGAACCCGAAGAGUCUGGUGAUGAAAUGGCCUUCAAUCUUGUGAUUCGGAGGCUGUUUCGGCAGAUGGAAGGCGAAGGGCACGAAGGGAUGCGAGAAGGGCUGCGCUCGGGUGAUGAGGAUAGUGACAGCGAGGAAGAGGAAGAUGAGAAUGACGAGAGCUCGGAAGACAUGGACGGGGACGGGGCAGAAGCCCCAGCUCCAGAGGACCUGCAAGACUUGAUGGAUGACCUUGACUCUUCGGCUCCAUUGGUAGAGUCCAGCGAUGAAGAUUCCCCCAGCUCUCGCCGAAGCGGCCAAGAUCCAAGGCUGUGA